AUCAUAUACACGAAUUCAUCAUCACUUCUGCUUUUGGGGAAGAGCGUUGAAGGUGUAAAUUACACCUGCUUCCAUUUCAAUCACAACCACCUGACCUCAAUCUCGUAGAGCGCGGCUCUUUUCACUUUCCACCCAAGAAGAAAAACUACACGUCCGCCUUUUCAACCAACAUCAAUCAGCCCGUCAUGGCGACGUGGCAACCACAAGAGCAAGGAUUAGGUGAACUAAUCCAACUUUUGCGGGAGUCUCAAAGUAUACAGCAUGACGUUCAAGUUCACAUUGCAGAUCGAUUGGAACAGCUAAGUCAAUUACCCGAUUAUGCGAAUUAUUUGGUAUACAUCUUGAUCCGAAUGGAAUCAGAAGAUGUUAAAGUCAGAACGGUUGCUGGAUUGAUUCUCAAAAAUCACCUUUCUAGAACGGGUGAUCAGAUAGCGCCCGGAUCCAUCGAUUAUGUCAAAAGUGUCAUCAUUCCCGGAUUACGAUUACAAGAUGAUGUGCUGAGAAGAACGGUAACGCAAGUCAUUUCUAUGAUCAUGGCCAUCCUUUUACCUCAAAAUUGGCUUGAAGGUCUCAGUCAGCUGAUGCAACUCUUGGACUCUUCCGACAUUACAGAAGCUGAAGGGGCUUAUAGCACAUUUGCCAAGAUUUGUGAAGAUAUUCCCAAAGCGUUGGAAGCGUGUGAGGUGAACGGCACACAACCUUUACAACACCUUACGUUGAAGCUACUCGAAGCCACAGGACAUCCCGAUAAGAGAAUUCGUAUGCAUGCCCUCAAUUGCUUGAAUCAAUUCGUUCAAAUCGGCACUUCACCCCUCCAACAACAUAUAGACGCUUUCAUCAAAGCACUAUUCGCCUCUGCCACAGAUGGAGAAGCAACCAUUCGCAGAUUCGUUUGUCAAGCAUUGGUGCUUAUCUUGGGAGCAAGACCGGAAAAGCUCAUGCCUGAGAUCAACAAUGUUGUCGAUUACAUGCUCUUUUCUACCGAAGAGCAAGACGAUGAGGUCGCAUUGGAGGCGUGUGAGUUCUGGCUACAAUUUGCAGAGGAUCCCCAGAUUGCGCCAAACCUACGACCUUUCCUGGAUCGUGUUGCACCAGUUUUGCUCAAAUGCAUGAUCUAUACAGACAUCGAUCUUUUGAUGUUGGGCGGAGAUGAGGAUGAUGCGGCAGUUCCUGAUCGACCGGAAGAUAUCAAACCACAACAUUAUGGAGGUAAAGAUCAUCGUAAUGAACGUGCAGAGGAUGCAGUCAAUGGCGAGGCAGGUCCUUCAGCUAACAAGCAAUCUCGUGCAGGCAUUGAAGCGGCAGAGAAUGACGAUGACGAAGAUGACGAUGACGAUGAUUAUUACGACGACGAUGAAGAUGACGAAGACGAGGGAAUUGGAGAGUGGAAUUUGAGAAAAUGUUCAGCUGCUGCAUUGGAUGUUAUGGCAUUGCAAUUCAACCAAGAGCUAUUAGAGAUCCUGUUGCCUCUUCUCAAAGAAAGGCUCUUCAGCGAAGAUUGGAUACAGAGAGAAAGCGGAAUUCUCGCUUUGGGUGCGAUUGCCGACGGAUGUAUUUCUGGCGUGCAACCGCAUCUGCCCACGCUAAUACCUCUACUCGUCAACACUCUCAAGGAUCCCAAACCGCUUGUACGUUCGAUCGCAUGUUGGACGUUGAGUAGAUACUCAUCUUGGUGCACAGCAAUCAAAACGCCUGAGCAUCAACAGACUUACUUUUUGCCCACAAUGGAAGGACUUCUGCGAAUGGUAUUGGAUAACAACAAGCGUGUACAGGAGGCUGGAUGCAGUGCUUUUGCUACAUUGGAAGAGGAGGCAGGUACUGAUUUGGCUCAAUUCCUUCAGCCUGUUUUGCAAACGUUGGUAUUUGCAUUUGACAAAUAUCAACAAAAGAAUCUUCUCAUUCUGUACGAUGCAAUCGGAACGUUGGCAGAUUCGGUAGGAGCUUCUCUGAACGAGCCUCAAUAUGUUCAAACUCUUAUGCCACCUUUGAUCAAUAAAUGGCAAAGCUUGACCGACGAUGACAUCGAUCUUGUUCCUCUAUUUGAGUGCUUGUCAAGUGUCACGAUUGCCAUCGGUCCUGGAUUUUUGGACUACAGCCCACCCGUGUUCCAACGAUGCUUGCAAAUCAUUCACAACACUUUGUCCGAAUUUCAGCAAGAGAGUCAAAAGCCCUUGCAAGAUCAAGAUUUACCCGAUCGAACGUUUAUCAUCGUUUCUCUGGAUCUCUUGAGCGGUCUGACGCAAGGUUUAGGCACGAAUAUCAGAGGUCUGAUAGCACAAAGUCAACCUCCAUUGCUACCCUUGCUGGCUAUGUGCAUCACACAUCCGGAUCCGCCAGUGCGACAAUCCGGUUAUGCACUGUUGGGUGAUUUGGCAAUUUCUGCUUUUGAUCUUUUACGACCAACAUUGCCACAAAUUAUGCCAGAAUUGGUCAAUCAAAUCGAAACGGAACCAAAACCUGACACCGUUAGCGUUUGCAACAAUGCAUCUUGGUCUGCGGGAGAGAUUGCGUUGCAAUUUGGUAAUUUAUCAACAAACAAUGGAAGCGGUACAAAUGGAUCAACAAAUCCAUCUCCUCGACAAGAGUUAGAGCAAUGGGUGAAUCCGUUGAUCAAUCGACUUAUACCCGUUUUGCUCAAUCAAAAGAGUAUGAAAUCUUUGAGUGAAAAUGCAGCGGUGACGAUCGGUAGACUUGGUCUUGUUGUGCCAGAUAUGGUAGCACCACAUCUGGAAGUUUUCUUAGAAUCAUGGUGUCAAGCAUUAUGGGAUAUCAAGGAUAACGAUGAAAAGGAUAGCGCUUUCCGUGGUUUAUGCGAAAUGAUUCAAGUGAACCCUAAUGGAGCUGCAAAAGGUUUCGUUUACUUUUGCAAUGCCGUAGUUCGUUGGACAACUCCAAGUCAACAAUUAAACGAUAUGUUUGCAAAGAUUUUGACAGGUUUUCGUGAAAUGAGUGGAGCUCAAUGGGAUGUACAAAAAGCUUCUUUCCCUCCCAUAAUAGCUCAAAGGCUGGCAGAUCGAUAUGGCCUCUAAAUCUAUUGAGGAAUAGUAAAGCUCCAUUUUUAUUGUUCUGCUUGUCAACGCUUAUUCGCUCACAAAAAUUUCAUCAGAUCACUUCAUUUCCUUCCUCUCUUUCUCACCAUUUGAUCAUACUCAGUCACCAUCACACAAUCAUAUGUAAGGAUAACCAAGACACAAUACAUCAUUCAAUCAAUUCGUACAUUUCAUGCUUGAUUCGCUAGUAUUUUUUCAUAAAUGAAUAGUACAUUUUUAUCAGAUUGCAGCUGCCCUGGAAUUGAUUUCCAUCAU